AUGGGUGAAAAUACAGUCUCUACCAAUACAAUCAUUAACAACAGCAGCUCCAGCAAUAAUAAAUCAAAUUUAAAAUGGAUAAAUCAACUUCGAGUUUUACCUUCAGACCCCAAAUCGAACGAUUUUUUAAAACUAGAUUAUAUUGAAGUAAAUCUCAAUAACUCAAGAAAGCUUAUCACCAAUGUAAACCAAUUGACUAACAACUUUGACAAAUACGUGAAAGACGUUGAUUUACAAAUGAACGGUAACCUAGUUCAAUUAAAACAAAUCAAACAAGAAUUGGAUUGGUUAGAAUGA